GGGCAUUGAAUAGCGUUUACCUAGAUGAUCUGCAUGUACCACGUCUAAAGCUCUAGUAAAAAGAAAAAAUAUCCAUUUCCUGUUCGCGAUACAAUAAAGAUAAAGACACUAGCACAGUCGCAUCGAAUGUACUCUGAACACUUCCGAUUUUGUCGUUUUUCGCCACCAGCAUCCAGGGCAGGGCUAACAACAUUUUCAUUUGCGUUUUAUCUUUCACGUCGCCUUCGCUUAUCCCGUGCUUAUCUUAUCGCCCCUACUACACCUUCGUCACUGUUUACCAUCGUUUUGGGCAGAUUUUAACAAGGGUAGUAUCAUCAUAAACCGUACUUACGAACCAUCCAGACAUGCUAGUAGAAGAAAGAAAUCUACAUAAGGUUCGUCCGACGCACCAGUGCGUCGUUGUGCGCAGAAUCGGAAGGUUGUUGGUCAGUGCGAAUUACUUUACAGGUUCAUAGGACCAUUCCGCCUUAGUUUAAGUGUCAGUUGUCCGAAAGCACGAUGAAGCUGCUCUGGGUGGUAAUCGGUGUGGCCAUGGUGGCCAGCAAUGUCUUUGGAGGACCAGUUAAACGGGAGUCUCCACCGCUCGAAGAGAGUGCUUCUGCACUGGAAGAAAUCGGUGGCAACUUCGAGGGAGACAUGAUGCUAACACCGGAACAGGAGGACGCAGUCAAGUAUGGCUACACCGCGAUCAUUGGAGAGUUUUACAAGUGGCCCAACAACAUUGUGCCUUACGCGAUCGAUAAGAACGCGUUCACGGUUAGCCAACAGAACAGCAUCGUCUCGGCUCUACAGCAAAUCGAACUAGUCAGCUGCGUUCGGUUUGUGCCUCGUACGACCGAAAAGGAUUACGUCAUGGUUCAGGGAGAUUCUGGAUGCUGGGCCACCCUGGGCCACAGGGGAGGCAUGCAAACGGUUAACCUACAACCGAGCGGCUGCAUGACGCGUGGUACAAUUAUCCACGAGUUCCUGCAUGCCCUCGGCUUCGUUCACAUGCAGAGUGCAUCCGAUCGGGACUUUUACGUGGAUAUCAACUGGAAUGCCAUCCAAGUGGGCAAGGAGUCCAACUUUGAUCGCUACAGCUCGAAUGUAAUCGACGACUUUGGCAUUCCGUACGACUACGAUAGCGUGAUGCACUACCCGAGGACCGCCUUCACGGCCAAUGGACAGGAGACGGUCAUUCCCAAGCAGCCGGGUGUCGCAGUUGGACAGCGUGUUGGAAUGAGCUACAAGGACAUCAAGCGCCUCAACAAGCUCUAUCCCAAAUGUUACUGAUGAUAUACACAGCCAGUGUAGUACAAUACGGGGGAACGAUGCAGAACGGCUGCAAAUAAUUUCAAAACCUACGGUUUAAGGCAACCAUUUCGAGAGAUUUAGCAAGUAACGCUUAGCAGCUGG